CCCGGAAUAAUAACAUCAGCAGCUGUGAGUUUAGAGCGUGAGUUUCAGCAGCAGAACUUCUAGAAGAUAAGACUUUAAGUUCCAGAUAUUAAGACUUUAAAUGUUCCAGAUAUUUGCCCUCUAACUGCCGGGGUAACUUCCAGAUAUUUGCCCUCUAACUGCCGGGGUAACUUCCAGAUAUUUGCCCUCUAACUGCCGGGGUAACUUCCAGAUAUUUGCCCUCUAACUGCCGGGGUAACUUCCAGAUAUUUGCCCUCUAACUGCCGGGGUAACUUCCAGAUAUUUGCCCUCUAACUGCCGGGAUGUUCGCCGCUCUGCUGUCCGUGUCGCUGCCCUUCCUGCUCUGCGUUGUUCUGGUGAACACCGGCCUGUUUGACUCGGUUCUGGUGGACCUGGACCCGAGUCACUACGCGGAGAAGCGCGUGCACGCUCUGCCCGCGUUCCUGGCGAUGCCGUGUAACUGCUUGGUGAACGUGGGUUAUAUCUGCGUGGGUCUGUACUGGCUGCUGUGGAACCGGCUCGGUACCGAACCCGACCGGAGCCGCUACAUGAGGCAGGUGUUCGCGCUCAUGGCCCUGGUCUACGCGCCCGUGCAGUGGACGCGCCUGACGGUGCUGCGGCUCGCUCCCGCCGUGCUCGACCAGUGGCUCACGCUACCGAUCUUCGCGUGGGUUCGGGUGUGGAUCCGGUACAUCGAGGAGCCUCCGGGCCGAUGGAGCGGCGCGCACGGAGCCGCGCACGGGGCCGCGCUGGAGCUGUGCUCGCUGCUGAGCUACGGACUGACACUGCUGCACGCGCGGGGCUUCGAGGCGGCUCUGGGCGCGCACGUCGCCCUGGCCGUGCACGCGGCGGUUCGGCUGCAGCUCAAGUACGGGGACCGUCGCACGCGCACGGUUCUGCUGCUGGCGGUGCUGUCCUUUGCGGGCUUCGUGGUGCUGAAGCUGCUGGACCACCAGCUGGCCCGGUACCGGCUGUUCCAGCGGCUCACCGGACACUUCUGGUCCAAAGUCUGCGACGUGCUGCAGUUCCACCUCAGCUUCCGCUUCCUGACGGCUCUGGAUCAGCGGGUCCAACAGAACCGGGCCAAGGCUGCAGGACUAACAGAACCGGUCCAAGGCUGCUGGACUAACAGAACCGGUCUAAAGCUGCAGGACUAACAGAACCGGUCCAAGGCUGCAGGACUAACAGAACCGGUCUAAAGCUGCAGGACUAACAGAACCGGUCCAAGGCUGCAGAACUAACAGAACCGGUCUAAAGCUGCAGGACUAACAGAACCGGUCCAAGGCUGCAGGACUAACAGAACCGGUCUAAAGCUGCAGGACUAACAGAACCGGUCCAAGGCUGCAGGACUAACAGAACCGGUCCAAGGCUGCAGGACUAACAGAACUGGUCUAAAGCUGCAGGACUAACAGAACCGGAUCAGUUGGGUUCUGACUGAUGGAUGUGCCUGGGGGCACUAGGACCCUGGUGAUCCAGGUGAAUGCAGCUCACCUGAGCAGGUGUGUCAGCGUCACUCACUCAUCAGUCAUCAAUCUGCUAUAAUCAGAAUCAUUUUGGAGUUUUUUAUUUUUACAGAAUUUGUAAUGAUAGUUUUCUGCAGCAUGUGAGAAUUUCUUCACUAAAUAAACAGUUUUUGUUUCUGAUCUCUGAGGUGAAUCUGCUCUAAUUCUGUUUAUAUCCUCUGAGGAUUUUAUUUAGUCUUUUUCUAUUUUUACCUGUAGCUGGGAGUCACUACAAAACAUAACAAUAGAGAUUGUUGAACUUUACAGCCAAAGUGCUGUUUGCUCCUUUUCCUGGUUUGCUCUUGUAAUUUUAUUUUUUUAGUGCUCAGUUGUGUUCAGAGUUCACCUGUUGAUUUGACAUCACUCCAGGUUCACUCUUCUGUUGGGAGAAAUUAAUUUAUUCUAGUUUGAUUGACUCACCUGUUUGCAUCGUUAACUAUACUCUGUCCAGGUGAUUCAGAACAUGUUGUCCAUGUAGCUACAGAAGGAGACAUCACCUGAAGGUGCAGUAAAAUGAGAGUCCAACAUUACUGUGCUGCACCUGUUUCCUGUUUCCAGGUGACUUUAAGGCUGAUCUGUGAACAGUGAGCUGAUUUUAGAGAACUGAUUGUGCUACGAUGCUGUUAACCCGCUUUGAACCCAUUUUUCCCAGCUGUUAAAAGUAAACUUAAAAUGUUAAACUCUGAAGAUUUGAAAUGUUUAUGAGUGACAAAUUUGCAGAAAUACAGCAAAAGAGAGAAGAAAGCAGAAGACUGAGGACCUCUGGAGAGACCAGGACUUUGCUCCGGACAUUCUCUGACUCUGUGGUGGUCUGCUGACUGGACAGAAGGUCAGGAGGUUCUGGACUCCAUAGAGGAGGAUGGUGGAGAAGCUCACGUCCAUCAUGGACUCUGACCCACUGCUGGAGGCUUCAAAAAGACCUCCACCCUAUGAUAGGUCAUCAGCACCACUGGCUGAUGGGAGCAUAAACCAGACUUAUAUCAUGUAUUAUUAUUAUUAUUAUUAUUAUUAUUAUUAUUAUUAUUAUCUCAACCAGAACAAACUCUGCACUGCUGCAUCUUUGCAAUUUUACAUUUAUUUUCAAGUCACUUUAUAUUGCUGUUGUCUACAGUGUGUCAAUACUGUAUAUGCUCAUUUUAAUUUUUCAUCCUUGUACAUAUUGCAAUUAUUAUUACGUUUCUUUGCUGCUUUAACAGUGUGAAUUUCCCCUGGCGUGGGGAGCAAUAAAGGAUUAUCUUAUCUCUUA